AUGCUCUUUGCUGUAUCUGGAAACAAGAUCAUCGUCAAUGAGGCAGACUAUAUCAAUAUGUUUGUCGAUGAGAAUCCUGCAGGUAGUACCACAACAACCAAUGGCCUCGAUAAACAUGUUAGAGAUACCUAUCAGUUCACACUAGUCGGCAAUGGUGUAGGAUUCCUUGCUCCCUCGGACAAUACGGAGUCAUCAAGGGGUCGAAUUUUUCGCCUCAUAAGAACAAAUCCAAACGGCGACGGCUACUCCGAAAUCCCGAUCUAUUGUCAAGAGUACUCCAAGUGCAAGGACUCUGAAUUUGAGGCUUCUAUUGAAUCUGGGCUCUCAACGAUACCUACAUUGAUACCUGGACCGACGCAGGAGUCACACGACGCCUCCAUUCAACCCACUCAGGAUUUUGACCUGGAAAGUCUUCUUGCCUCGUUUUCUGCUGUACAGCCAAUCACGGACUCGCAACCAGAGUUUGACUGGAGCUUUCUGAUACAGCCGGGUCUCGACACUGGAUUCAACGCUUCCGACAGCUUCACCGCGCCUGUAUCCGCGCCCGGGGCUGAGCUUGACAUGGUAGACACGCCUGUCUGGAACAUGGGGGACCUCGGGAACAUGGAGAACAUGGAUAUCGAUACAGCCUUACAGCAGCAUGAUUGGAUGACCGCCAACGAUCUCGAUGUGCUUAACAGCCUUGAAUUCAACUCGAACUCUUUUGCUUCCGAAUCGGCGUUUCCAACACUUCCAAUUGCCUUUCAGGCAUUGACUCCAGGCGCAAUGGCUGAAUGGGCAACGACUGGAUUCGUUCAUGGGGAGGAUUUUCAAACGUUUUGA